CUCCUCGUUGCUCACCUGGUGCCUCCCCGGUGCCGUCGUACGUGUUGACGAUUCAAUGACGCAGUACUCGCUCGUACGCUCGUUCAUGCCUUAACAUGCAGGUCAAUGAGUACAUGGACCGCCUGGGAGUGAGGUACGCUAUUGUCAGCUGCCACUACGCCAUGUGGGCGGUGCGCCGCACGUGCUCGCCACCGCCGCCGCAGGUCCUGCUGGAGAACCAGACCGAACCCCAACCCCGGCAGCAGCAGCAGCUGCAGGCGCCAUCGGUGGGUCCUGCAGCCGCCGCAGUAGUCCGUGCCCGCAGUACCGGCGUGACAACCCGAAGUGCAUCCGCCGCUGCUGCACGUGCGCUGGCUGCUGGCGCAGGCGGCGGUGGCUGUAGCGGCAGCGGUCCUGAUGGCAUGGGUGGUGUCGGCGGCAGUGGCAGCGUGGCAGGUACCGGCAGCAGCAGCCGCAAGCGCGGCCGCGCGCGCGACGGGGUGCUGCACCUGGCAGGGCCCUUUCUGGCGCCAACGGAGCACACGGACCAACAGCCGGCAGUCACAGCCGCCGCCGCCACCCUGUACACCAUGCUGCUCAGCCUGCCGGAGGUGCCCGACCCACCUGCAGCAGGGCUUGCGCGGCGGCGGUCGCGGUCAGCGCCGCCCGGGCAGCCGGACGCAGGGCCCAGCCGCAGCAGUGGUGGCGGUGACGGCGGUGGUGCAGUUGGUCGCGGCGGGCAGCCCGGGGGCGCUGCUGCCGGCGGUGCGGGGCACACGGAAGGGCAGGCCGUGGGCGGUGCGGGGCUGGCGGCACAUGGCAGCCGGGCGGCGACGAGCCCGCCGGCGGGAGCGGCAAGGCGAGCAGCAGCCGGCGGGGAGGCGGAGGCGCAGCCCUCGAUGCUGCAGCAUUGGGACGAACAGGGCGCAGCGCGCCUUGCGCUGGCGCCCGCCUCUCCAUCCGAAGCAAGAGGCGGAGACGGAGCGAGCCUUGCGCCCGUCACCGGCAGCAGCGCGCAUCACUGGCGGCGGCGCGCAUGUUGCCUCCGCCAGCCGCCGCCGCUGCCGCCGCUCCUCAUUGAGGCCGACCCCGAGGUCCUGCACGUGGGCUACGCGGGCCUUGCCUGCACCGGCCGCGUCAACGGCGAGGAGGCGGUGCUUAAGAUCCUGGACUCGGACGAGCACGGCGUCGCGGCCUUCGAGGCGGAGUGCAGUGCCUACCGGGCGCUGGCCGCGCUGCAGGGCGACGUGCUGCCGCGGCUGCUGGCCGCUGGCCGCCUGGGUGACCUGGCGCCGCCGCCACCACUGUCUGGGGGGGAGGAGGAGGAGGAGUGGGAGCCGCCGCCGGACGGCGACGUGCGCUUCAUCGCCACCAGCCGGGUGCGGGGCUUGACGCUGCGUCAGGCGGCGGAGCAGUGGGGCUACAUCCAGCCGACGGCGGCGGCGGCGGCGGUGCACGCGCUUAAGGUACUGCACGCGGCGGACAUUCGCGCUGCUGGCGGCGGCAGUGGCGGGCGCUUCCUGCACGGCGACAUCCGGCUCAGCAACUUCAUGUUCCUGCUGCCGGCUGCGGAGGCGGCGGUGGGGCCGCGCUGCGUGGUCAUUGACUUGGGGCUGUCGCGCCUGGACGGGACGGAGGCGGAGCAGCAGGCGGAGGUGCGGCAGCUGGAGCAGCGACUCCAGUGCGGCAGUGGCUGAGGAAGAGCGAGGGAUGAGUGAUGAGUGCGAGGAGGUGAGGGUGGCUGGCUUCAGCCGUGGCCGAGGGAGCAGGCGGGAGGAACGGCAGGGUGGUGGGCCUGCUGGGCGGGUUCUGGGCAGGACGUGCAGUUCGGAGGUUACGAAUGGGAUGCGCGCUGGGCCACGGUUGCAACUGGGGUGGACAUGCGGCCGCACUAUUGUGCGGUGCGGUAAGAAAAUGAAUGACUGAUUGCGGACCUGGAUGUGCCAAGACAAGGGGCAUCAUGUAGCGCAGCAACAGGUGGCUAACAAUAACGAAAACGCUUGAGAUUCUUGCAUGGACCGUGUGCUCAGAAUAAUGCAUGUGUACGAACCGGCGGUGUCUCUGUAUGUCCUGAUACAUUCAUGUGAGGGGCUACCCUGCUUACUAGAAUGGAUGCAAGCUCAAGGCAUGAAUGACUGUCACACGUAACGGGUCCUCUGACAAUGACGGGCUCGGCAUUUGGCAGAGCCCGCUCCUACCUACAUGCGCUGAGUAAGAAGGGUUCAGGUGCGCUCGAAGCAACUGUGCAGGAUGCGCGUUCACUGCCAUUCUAGUGUAAAUGAGGGUUACCGAUGACGGGCAUUCCGUGGAUGGUAUGGAGGCAAGUGUCAACAUCAUCGAGGGCGCAAGACCGAGAACUCUAUCUAGCGUACGGAGGGCGGGGAGCUAGCGGCGUAUGUGUUGCGGAUGGGCGCCGGUUGGCGACGAUGUUGGAGGAUGGCACCUAAGGAAACGCAUAACAACCACCAAGGUAGCUUGUGGCGUGGCUGUGCCUUGCCGUGGACCGUCUGACUGCUGAUCCGCAGCAGCAGAGCUCUAUGACUUCAUGGCUGUAUGCUUUGUCACAACUGGUCGGUACUAAGCAACCUGAUGUUCUGCUGUGCAUGCCUGUGAUUGGCUGGCUGCCGGGGUAAGCCGCAGCAGGGCAAACUAUCACGGCAAGCUCGCGAAAGGAUCUGUGCCGUGGGUGUACCAUAUGCCCCUGCGGGGUAAGCCGGCGCAGCGCAGUGGAGCCCUGUCGUUUGCUAUGGCGUUUCCGGCCCCAACAUGAUGUGUAUAAGGGAGUUGGUCCCAUGGAUGGCGCGCUUCAGGAAGUCCGCGAAAUGUUUGAGCGCGGUGCGUCAGGUACCCGUACUCGUAUAUGACGAGUGCGAGAAACGUUACUUGGUCGAUGUCUGGCGCCAGGUGCUUGGGUCAGGCCCCAGACGGCAUCUGCCCGUUCCGCUUAUACGGCCGCCGUCAGCCCGCGCUACUGCGCAGCGCAUUGCCGCGGCCAUGGUGCUCCUGCCGGAGGACUGGGCGGCGGCGGCGCGGAAGGUGCAAGCGCCGCGCCGUGACGCGGUCUGCGGCGCCGGCCUAUGUUGAAGCCGUGCGUGUGGUGGCCCGGGGGUUGGUUGCCUGCUGUUCGUGCAGUGACGUGACUAGUUUGUUAGCUGUGGGUCAGCACGGACUGUGCACCCAACCCAACCGGCAAAGUCCGGCAUUGCGGGGAUGCCAUAGGCAAUCAUAGGCCCCCAACAUAGAUGCGUGUGCUUAAUAGGUGCCGCGUCAGGUGUCUGGUGUCCAUUGGGCACCAGGAGGGGAGGGUUCCAUCACGAGCCCUUUUCCUGCCCUCUCGGGCAGACAUCUUGUUUAAGCUCUUGGCGUGGCGGAUGUCGAAGGUGGGCCGUCUCCACUACGCUUUGCUGUUGUAGCUGUCGUGAGCGAAACACGUGCAUGUGUGUCUGUACCACUCGAACAUGAGAUGGGGCUAGAAGGUUAUGUGUUUUGAUGUUGUUUCCUGAUAUCUGUCGGCGACAGCACGGUACACGUGCUUGUUCCGAUAGCGCGUGCACCAGCGCACAUGUGGGCACGCUUGCGCUGGCCUGUGAACUUGAGCGCAGUUUCGCCAGCUUCGCCGUCUUUUUGUGAGUUUUUGGUGCAUUUGAUUGGUGCCAGCGCGAUUUGAUGUGUCUUGGCGGAUAGCGUGUUGUUCUGCUGCUGCGUUUUGCUGUGUGUCGAGAUGUGCUUGUUGGCCAAUCAAGUACUGCCCGAGAUACGAUACCGUAAUGGUGUCUGUUGCUCAUUGAGGAGGAUUACUCCACUUGCCGGAGUGCUAGUUCAUUUGCCUGGGCUGCCGCCGCUGCCGGGCCAAUCCAUAGGGGCGUUGUCAUGACAGUUGGUGACAGGGCGCUCAGGCUGUAAUGAGGAUGGAUG